AUGGCAGACUUACUGAAAGGCUUGCCCAUCUACAAGAGCAACUUCAGCAGGUUCCAUGCAGACUCGUGCAAGGCCUCCAACCGCUGUCCCUCCGUGUACCUGCAGAUCAUUGUGACAGAAAAGGCAAACAUCCUCUUGGGGUACCUGCACCAGCAAUGGAACAAAAAGAAUGAAGCCAAGAAGAGAGACCAAGAACAGGUGGAGGCAGAGGGUGAGAGCUCAGAGCAAGGUGGCCUGAACCGACAGCCGGGACAUGCCUGA